AUGUUUGCCGCAAUUGCAUCUGGAAAUCCGCUUCAAUUGUCCACGGAAGUACCAAAUUCUAAUGGUUUACAGCACACAAUUGUGCUCUCCUCUACAAAGCCUAAAUCAUACUCACAUAUAACAUUGUUCAUAUUACCAAAUGUUACAUUCCCGCAGGAGUUUUUGGCAACAGUGUAUUUCAAAUUGAAUCCUGCAGAAGAUUUUAAAUUAUUCGGUUACUUGGGUAAUGAGAAACCAAGUGCAAUUUUUAAGGUCAAGCUGCCCCAGUUGAAUGCUAGUGCUGGUGCUGGUACCAUGCCAAACGUUACUGACGGUCUAGGGGAAAUAGAUAUGGAAGAUGAUUCAGCGUUAAAUAAUGGAGAUGGUGGCUUCGCAGGCAUUAAUGAAAACGGAAGUAAUAACAUCUCGGAGCUUAUAAUUGGUAUUUCUAUAGAACCAAGAGUUGACGCCCUUAACAAGCUAAAUCAAUGGAAAGCAGAACAAGCUGCUCUAAACUCUGGGGUUGGUCCUGGAACCAUGGUCUUGUCUAGGAAUUCAGCCCAAAUUCUAACAGCAGGAGCACUUGCAAAACAAUACCCUAUCGUUACACAAGAUUUAGCUGCAAAGAUUGUACAGCAUGCAUAUAACUAUUUGACAGGUUUUGUUGAUCCGCAAGGUAAUGUAUCGAUAAAGAGAUUCGAUACUUGGUGGGAUAAAUUCAAAACAAGGUUGAAGAGUGAUGCAUCAUUCCUAGAUGAAGUAACAAAAGAUUAG